GCGCGCCCUCAUUGUAAACAGAUAAAGGCUCUCUUAUAAUGUACAUAACUUCCGUUUCAAUGUAACAGUAGCGAAGCGAGGCAGUAUGGCGGACCGCGGUCAGCCACCCGCAAAGCGGCUCUGCUGCAGGCCCGGCUUUAAUCCUUCCAAGACGCCGCUGAGGGCGGCCCCGGCCGGCAAAACCUACAAGCCGGAGUCGCUACUGGACAUUAGCGCCAGGAAGGUGGCGGAGAAGUGGCCUUUCCAGCAAGUGGAAGAACGAUUCACCCGCAUCCCGGAGCCCGUGCAGAGGCGAAUCGUCUACUGGUCCUUCCCGAGGAAUGAACGGGAGAUUUGCAUGUAUUCCUCAUUCAAUUAUUCGGCCGAAGACGGCGGGGACGACGAGAGCCGACUGCCCUUUAAACGGGGCAUCGCACUCCUUGAAAGCGGCUGUGUGGACAAUGUCCUUCAAGUCGGUUUCCACUUAAGUGGUACUGUAACAGAACCUGCCACGCAAUCGGAACCAGAAACUGUUUGCAAUGUUGCUAUCAGCUUUGAUCGUUGCAAAAUUACCUCAGUAACCUGUGGCUGCGGAAACAAAGACAUCUUUUAUUGUGCGCAUGUUGUUGCACUCUCGCUGUACCGGAUUCGCAAGCCAGAUAAGGUCAAAUUGCAUCUUCCCAUUUCAGAGACACUUUUUCAGAUGAACAGAGACCAAUUGCAGAAAUUUGUUCAGUAUUUGAUUACCGUGCAUCAUACAGAAGUUCUACCUACUGCACAAAAACUAGCAGAUGAAAUCCUUUCCCUAAACUCAGAAAUAAAUCAAGUACAUGGUGCCCCAGACCCGACAGCAGGAGCAAGCAUAGAUGAUGAAAACUGUUGGCACCUGGAUGAGGAACAGGUCCAGGAACAGGUUAAACUCUUCCUUUCCCAGGGUGGUUACCAUGGAUCUGGAAAACAGCUAAACUUGUUGUUUGCAAAGGUGCGGGAGAUGUUGAAGAUGAGGGAUUUAAAUGGUGCUCGAAUGUUGACGUUAAUCACAGAGCAAUUUAUGGCUGACCCCCGUCUAUCUCUAUGGCGGCAACAAGGAACAGCAAUGACUGACAAAUAUAGGCAGCUCUGGGAUGAACUGGGUGCUCUGUGGAUGUGUAUAGUCUUAAAUCCCCAUUGCAAGCCUGAACAGAAAACAGGCUGGCUGAAACAGCUCAAGAAAUGGAACUGUGUUGAUGUUUGUCCCUGGGAGGAUGGAAACCAUGGAAACGAGCUGCCCAAUUUAACCAAUGCUCUGCCUCAGGGUGCAAAUGCUAACCAAGCAGAUACUGCAAGCAGGCCUCAUCGGACUGUGUUCACACGAGCCAUUGAGGCAUGUGAUCUCCACUGGCAGGACAGCCAUUUACAGCACAUUAUUAGCAGUGACCUCUACACAAACUACUGUUACCACGGCGACAGUGAAAAUUCACUGUUUGACUCUCACGGGUGGCCCCUAUGGCACGAGCACGUCCCCACAGCCUGUGCCCGAGUGGAUGCCCUGCGAUCUCAUGGAUACCCGCGAGAAGCUCUGAGACUAGCAAUAGCGAUUGUCAAUACACUGAGGCGACAGCAACAAAAGCAGCUCGAAAUGUUCCAGGCACAGAGGAAAGGUAUUACGACGAUAACCAAUCUGGAAGGAUGGGUAGGUCACCCACUGGACCCUAUUGGCUGCCUCUUCAGCACACUAAUGGACACUUGCAGAGUGGAUGAUGACAAUUCUGGGUAUUCUGAAUUCACAGAAACAUUGGGCCAGUUGAAGUUGCUUGAGUAUCAACAUGUACCAGCACACAAGUUCCUGGAAGAUGGGGAAUCGUAUUUAACAUUAGCUGUUGAAAUAGCCCUGAUUGGAUUAGGCCAGCAGCGAAUAAUGCCUGAUGGCCUGUAUGCACAGGAGAAGGUGUGUCGCAAUGAGGAGCAACUUAUUGCAAAGCUGCAGGAGAUUGAAUUAGAUGACAUGUUGGUGAAAAUUUUUCGAAAGCAAGCUGUCUUCCUGUUAGAAGGUGGACCUUACAGUGGUCUGGGUGAAAUAAUCUACCGAGAGAGUGUUCCAAUGCACACCUUUGCUAAGUAUCUCUUUACGUCUCUCCUACCUCAUGAUGCUGAGCUGGCAUACAAGAUUGCACUGAGAGCGAUGCGGCUGCCCGUACUGGAAUCUACCGUGCCAACAGGAGAUGUGUCACGUCCACACCACAUAGCAUCUGUUGUUCCCAACCGCUAUCCACGAUGGUUCACCUUAAGUCACAUCGAGUCUCAGCAGUGUGAGCUAGCUUCCACAAUGUUAACAGCUGCUAAAGGGGAUGUUAUGAGGCUAGAAACAGUGUUAGAAUCAAUUCAGAAGAACAUUCAUUCCUCAUCGCACAUCUUCAAGCUCGCCCAGGAUGCAUUUAAAAUAGCAACUCCUAUGGACAGUUUGCCUGAUAUUACUCUUCUCAAAGUGUCCCUGGAGCUGGGUCUUCAGGUUAUGCGAAUGACAUUAUCAACAUUAAACUGGCGCCGUCGUGAGAUGGUGCGAUGGUUGGUAACGUGUGCUACAGAAGUAGGAGUUUAUGCAUUGGAUAGCAUUAUGCUGAGCUGGUUUACACUAUUCACCCCAACUGAAGCUACCAGUAUUGUUGCCACUACAGUAAUGUCCCACAGCACAGUAGUUAGACUGAACCUGGACUACAACCAACGGGAGAAACUAGCUAGUAGUGCAAGGACACUUGCAUUACAAUGUGCUAUGAAGGAUCCUCAAAACUGUGCGCUCUCAGCACUAACUCUGUGUGAAAAGGACCAUAUAGCUUUUGAGACUGCUUACCAAAUAGUUCUAGAUGCUGCCACGACUGGUAUGAGUUAUACGCAACUCUUUACAAUUGCUCGGUACAUGGAGCACCGUGGUUAUCCCAUGCGGGCUUACAAGUUAGCCACUCUAGCAAUGACGCAUCUCAACCUGGGUUACAAUCAGGAUACACACCCUGCCAUUAAUGACGUUCUAUGGGCAUGUGCACUUAGCCACUCCCUUGGGAAGAAUGAGCUAGCAGCUAUAAUACCUCUUGUGGUUAAAAGUGUUCAGUGUGCUACAGUACUUUCAGACAUUCUACGCCGGUGCACUUUGACCACACCAGGAAUGGUGGGACUCCAUGGACGAAGGAACUCUGGGAAAUUAAUGUCACUGGACAAAGCACCACUCAGACAGCUCCUGGAUGCCACUAUUGGGGCCUAUAUAAAUACAACCCAUUCACGGCUUACGCACAUUAGUCCACGGCAUUAUAGUGAGUUUAUAGAGUUUCUAAGCAAAGCUCGAGAGACCUUCUUGAUGGCUCAUGAUGGACACAUCCAGUUUACACAGUUUAUUGACAACCUGAAACAAAUUUACAAAGGCAAAAAGAAACUCAUGAUGUUGGUGCGUGAGCGAUUUGGUUGAUCAGCACGCUGUGGUAUCUUUUUAUUGAGCCUGCCUUUGUAUCCUUUUUAACUUAAACCCAGAGCCACACCGGUAUUAUAUGUGCAUAGUAACAAACAGUUCACGGACUUUAACCCUGUUGAUUGUGAGAUUUGUGUGUGUCUUUUGUAUGAGAGAAAAGAGGAAAAAAGAAUCAGUUUACACUGAGUACCUGUUGUCAAGUGGCAAUAGCCCACCCACGUCGCUCCUGUCCUUGGUAUGUACAUUCACAGCCUAAGAGUAUGGCUUUAAACCAAACAGACACCUCCAUCCUAAGUGAUAAGUACCUCGUAUGGAUUCAGCUUUACUCCUUCAUCACUCAUCCCUACAUAUCAGUGUAUUAAAAAUACAAGGCUGAAUACGUGGCUUUGCAAUGCUGUUCAUCCAGAAGCAUGGCACACAUUGCUCAUGCAUGUGUAAUUAGCGACUGUCAACAUACAUUCUCAGGGAUUUAUCAAAGAAAGAAUGAGAGCAUUUAUUGUACUGUAUAUAUUAUAGUAUAUGUCUGAAUUAUGAAAAAAAUAUACAUAACAUUUUAAUUUAUAAAAUAUUCUAUGUAAUGCAAAAUACUUGAAGCUGCAGUAGCUUGGUAUAAAAACAUAUCAGAAGGACUAAAGUGCGCCUUGCUUCAGGUUGGCUCAGGUGGAGAAUUGUGUGCUGGGCAUCUAUGCAGAGCCACCACCUCUGUUGCAUGAUUGGACUUGAUAUCUAGUCUGAGAAAACAAAUUUAAAUAAAGAGAGAUGAUAAAUCUGCUUGUAACAGACACCAUGGUAAAGAGGGACAAAAAACACAUUACAGCCAGAGCAGUAAGCCUUAGCAUUAAAAGUAUUUGCCAGAAUCGGGCUUUGUGCCUCCUAGUCUAGAACUGAAUUAAACAAUUUAAGAACUCCUUGAAAAGGUUGAAUUAUGUGUUUUACAAAACAGAAAAGAUGUUAAUGUAGGCCUUUGCAGUGGUAUAGUGAAAUGCUACUUAUGUGCUCAAUAACAUAUAUUAAUCUGCAUUGGGAACUGACUUUGUGCAGGACAGGAAGUUGCUGUGUAGUAAGACUGUUCUACUUUUUUUCCCUUCUAUAGAAUUCCUCAAGAGAGAACAGCCUUCUAUCUUGCCUUGUCUUAAUGCUUUAAAAAAAUAACCAAACUGGACAUCUAACUACCAAACUGUUCAUUAAAAAUGACUUUGGUUUCUAUUUUGAGUCUUUAAUUUAGCAGAACUGUUCUGUAUCUUGUGCUUUAUGAAAGAGUUUUUACGUUGGGUGCAAAAUGUUACUAUUGUCACUUGUUCCUUCCACUAGGGAAAAUGCUAGAGGUAUGUUCUGUAGCCUUUUUUGCUGUUUAGGAAAAGAAAAUUAUAAUUUCUUGCUCCAUUUUAUUUAUUAUAUUAGGUAAAAGAUUGUACUUCAUCGCCCGUGUAAACAUGCUCUUGAAGUUUAAAAGUAAUUAAGAUUUGAUACACUGAUAUCAAUUUAUUUAUGUAACUAAAUCACUGUUUUAUAAACUUGUUAAUGAUUCAACAAUUUUUUUUGUUUUGAUUAAAAUUAGUUUUUUGAAAGUUAAAUA